AUGGUCGGCAAGAAAUCCAAGGACAAGCUGUUGCGGGAAGAGGGGCUUCAAAGGCAAGACAAUGGCAUGAAGCAGACGAGCUGGCCGGAUAUUCCAAUGAUAAAUCAAAAGAAUUACUACACCGAGUAUAUGAAGAGAGACGACCAAAUCCUACCCAUACGUUUACAAAAUGAGGCGAAUCGAGAUCGUAUGAUACGGAACGCGAAGGAUAAGGAUAGAGCUCUCGCGCAACGAGGACCUGCAGAUGUGCCAAUACCCGCUCCUACAAUGGGCGAUGCGGACGACGAGGAAGGCGAGAACGAUGGUAUAGAUCCUUCUAAGAUCAUUGUCAUACAUCCGGGUAGCCAGAAUCUGCGAAUUGGCUUUGCAAGUGACGCUUUACCAAAGACAGUCCCGAUGACCAUCGCGGUCAAAUGCAGCACACCCGAAUCAAAAGAGUUCAAACCACUACCCAAAAGGGACGAGGAUGCUGCUCCGGAGGAUCAAUUCGGCGAAGAAUUCUCGGCGAAGUUUGCGAAGAUGUCGGCGGAGUUGAAGAUUGACAUGCGAUUGAAUAAGCGGCAGGUCCUCCCAAAAUCGAAGGAGCUUGUGGUCAAUUAUAAUAGACGAACCACACCGGAUGUUAUCUUACAGCAUAAUGACCCCUUACAAAUUGAGUGGACGGACGUUAAUACACUGGAGAAAUCUGCUGCUGCUUGUUUCUCUGGACAUGAUGCGUGGAGGGUACCAGAUGAUUCGAAGCCUAGUUUCCGACUCUUCCACCCUAUGCAGCUGGGACAGUUUCACGAGAAAGAUUACACAAGUGAGGAGCACUUGAUGUCAGAUUUUGAGACAAUCCUUGAGAGUGCCAUUAGGAAGGAGCUUGGGCUGGAGAAGAUGAGUGACUGGGAACAAUACCACUGUGUGGUAGUUAUACCGGAUUUAUACGACAAGAAAUAUGUCCAAUUCUUGUUGAAUUGGUGUUUGAAUAUAGUGGAGUUUAAGCAGGUUGCUUUUAUCCAGGAAAGUUUGGCUGCUACAUACGGCGCCGGAUAUUCAAGCGCAUGUAUUGUCGACGUUGGCGCACAAAAGACCUCGAUCUGCUGCGUCGAAGACGGCAUGUGUAUUGAGGAUUCGCGUAUCAACUUGAAAUAUGGUGGAUGGGAUGUCACUCAAGCGUUUAUCAAGAUGAUGCUACACGACCACUUCCCUUAUGCAGAUAUAAAUCUGAUGCGGAGGCAUGAUUUCCUGCUUGCUGAGGAACUCAAAAUCAAUUUCUGUACGAUGAACCAAGCUGAGAUAUCAGUCCAACUUUACAACUUCCAUCUUCGGGCUCCAAACGAGGAUACUCGAAAGUAUCAAUUCAAGACCUACGACGAGGUGAUCCUCGCGCCGAUGGGCUAUUGUGAUCCGGCAAUCUUCGACCACGAGAAUAAGCUCAAAGGGCGCCACUCGCUCAUCAAAAGAUCUUACAACGCCUACGAUGUUGACAUUCCAGACGACCCAACAUCAGCUGCCCAGCUAGCAGUUUUGACAUCAAUCAAACCAAGUCUUGCGACAACCGCCACCGGCUUCCCAAUGCCCAGCAAUGGAACAAUCAACCACGAGUUUUCAACUCCGUCCAAAGAAAAAGCCAACCCCUUCAACCACCUUUCCCGCCUCGACAGUGACGCGAAUGGUAACUCCCGCGUAACAUCCGCAGCCGCAUCACCCGCUCCAGAAGGUGCGAACACUCCGGUCCCACCGGUUCCCUACGUCUUUGGUGCAAACGGCACCAACGGCGGCUCUCCAGGGCCAUCAAGUUACCUCGCUAAUGGAUCGCACAAUUCCGGCACGCCUAUCCCUCCAGCUGGAAUGUUCAUCGACCAAAACCAACGAACACCCAAGGAUCUAGCCGACGAACGUGAUUCUGUCCUCCCGAUCAUUCCUCUCGAUACCGCGAUCGUGACCUCAAUAGCUCACGCGGCAGCUCGUGGCGACGAGAAGAAGAUCCGCGAUUUCUUCGGCGGAAUCAUGGUGAUAGGAGGUGGAGCCAAGACUCCUGGAUUUGGGCCCUUCCUCGAGGAGAGGCUGAAGCUGAAGAGACCUGACUUAGCGGAGAAAAUCCUCGUAGGAACGAGUCCCCGUGAAAUGGAUGGACAGGUGGUGGUCUGGAAAGGUGCGAGUGUUUUCGGAAGGAUGAAAACGCAUGAAAGUUGGAUUUCUCCCCUCGAAUUCGAGAGAUUGGGGGUUAGGAGUUUGUAUAAUAAGACUUUGUGGAAUUACUAA